GAACGGAUUAAGUUUGAGAACCGAGGUACCACUAUACUUUAUUAUAUAUGUUAUAGAGUGUGUGUGUGUGUGUGUGUGUGUGUGUGUGUGUGUGUGUGUGCGUGCACCAGCGACUGUUUGCUAGAGUCGCUGAGUCACGUGACAACUGGGAGCGGCAUUUGAGAGAGAGAUUGAAACUGAAGUAUUGAUCUCAUUAAACUGGUAUCGAUCGAUAUCAAUACCAACAUUUUUAUCGAUACUUGGAUCGAUCCGCCCACCACUACCUCUGAGACUCUUGUCAGGCUGUGAGGUGUCGAUGCUGAAAGCUGCCUGUGCUGAUGAGAGGAAGGAUGUUGAAACGCUUUUUAUUCUGCGUAAAACUAAAGAUUGAUUUUAUGAUGAAUUUAAAACGGUCCGACUGGCUGGUACUUUGAGACCUCUUCUAAGCAGAGUUUCCACUCCGUCUCGUAAUUAAUGAUAAAUCCUUUAUUUACCAUUGUCACAAGUACAGGUAUAUUGGAAUGGUUCUAUUCACCUACUUCAUCUUGUGCUCCUUACCUUGGGGGUGACGGUGCAGGGUCAGCUAAUGUGCGGCACUACUGGGGCUGAGGGUUAAGGGCCUCGUUCAAGGGCCCACAGGCGUGUGAUAGUUAUGUCAAGGUCAGGGCUCAAACCAGCGACCUUCUGAUCACGGGCACAGAGACUUAGCCUGCUGAGCCACACGCCGCCAAAUUUUACAGGAUCGUUCCAUAUUGUAAAAUAAACUGUUUCCCAUUUUGAUCCCACAUGGGACGUGAUUUUGUCUCGUAUUAUCGGACCAGGUGAUCGAUCCUGGGGAGGUGGGGGCAUCGUGUUCCUCAUUUUUUGAGGCUGGUGAAAGUUCAAACGUCGGCCAGCAAUAUCAGCCCAUAUUGAUCCAUCGGACUGAUAUCUUGAUUUUGAACAAAUACUGACAUGUUAAACGAUGUACCGUACAUCCAUAGCUGUCAGUGUUUUACUAGUUUCUAAGAACAGAUUUAACUACUAGUCAGUGAUCAAGACCUGAUAUUAACUUUAAUACAUUAAUACAGAUGGUCAGGAUGGGAUUUUUUAUGUUUAAGUGUUAGAGGUCAGACCCUGAGGCUGCAGACUGCAGACAGCCAGUCUUUUUUUAAUUUUUAUUAAUAUUCUUCAUGCAUAUGAGCCCUGACCUCUUUCAUCUCGAUCUUCUCUGGCUGCAGAUGGAUGGUCACACUUCUCCUGCUCCUCUGCCUUGUAGACCAUCUCCCUGCUGUCUUCGAGGCGGACUUCUCUGUUUCUCCUGGAGAGACUGUCACACUGCCCUGUGAUGGAGGAACCGAUAAAGACAUCAGUGAAGUUGAGGUGUUUUGGAUUUUUGGAGGCACGAAUGUCUGUCUGUUUCAAAAUGGGACUUGGUGUGAACAUCCUCACUUUGUUAACCGGAUUCAACUUGGAUCCACCCGACAGAGUAAAUUCUCUUUGAUCAUUAAUCCUGUCAGACUGCAGGAUCAGGGGGAAUAUACUUGCGUGAUCAAUGGUGCAGUAAUGCAGAUUAAUUACCUUUCUGUUAAAGGAAGCUGGAUGCAAAGGGCUGCAGAGACCCCACCUAAAGAAUCAGACAGUCUUGUUUGUAAGCCGUAUGAAGACAAAGACAAAGAAGUUCCUGAUGAAAACUCUCCAGGGGCCCCUUCAAGUGUAUGGCUGAUAGUGAUCCUGUCUGUGAUUGUGGGGAUUGUGGGGAUUGCGGUGAUUGUGGUGAUUUUGGUGAUUGUGGUGAUUGUGGGGAUUGUGAGCUUCAUCAAAAGGAGGAGGAACCAGCCAGGGACUCAAAUGCAGACUGACCAUACGCCGACUCCUGAAGCUGUCCCACUUAAUGAAAUUGUACCGAACUCCCCACAGAUACAUUUGGAUAACCUUGCGCCCCCCCCCACUCCACCCCCAGCAGUGAAACAAAGGUGAAGUAAAGCAUGGAUGGAUUUUUUUUGUAGGGAUGAAAAGAAAAACCAAUGGCAAGACUAAUGUGUUUUGAUAAGCUGAAGUGGACAAAGGCUGUUCUGCAUUUUUACCUGCACAAAAGAAUGUGACUGAUCCAAAACAUUGUACGGGUAGGAAACUGGUCCUGUGUACAUCCUGCCUGUGACUUGAACCCCUGCAGUUCAUUCUCUCCCAUUAGCGCCAAUGUUGGCAACUUCCAUGCCAACAUUCCAGAGGGCAUGUGGGAUACACUGAUUGUCAACUAUAAUAUCCUGUGUGAUUAUGCAGUCUGUUAGGAUGAGCAGCGGCGAGGCAGCAAGAAGGGUUACAGACCAGGAGAAAUUAGGGCCCAAAAAUCGUUUUCUUUAUUCAGCAAGCCACAGUGCCCGAUAUUUACAGCGAACACUAAUAUAAUAAUAUAAUUAAGAAAAAAAAAACUUUUCCAAAACAAAACCUAUAUGCUCCCAUUAGGCAAAGUUAC